AUGGUGUUAAGCUUCUUGGUUGCCAUUGCAUGUGCCCUGUAUUACCGAAAUAUCUCAGGGGGUUCUUCGUCGAAUACAAAGGAGAAGGAAUAUGGGCAAAGUGAACCUAUGUUCCACGUUUCUGAUAUUCCUGGGAAAGGGAAGGGUGUGUUAGCUGCACGCGACAUCAAGCAAGGAGAGCUCGUCCUUCAAGAAUAUCCUCUUUUUACUGUUCCCUUGCACAUUCAAUCGUCGCCGUCUGCUUUGAUAGCUGAACGCUUACAAAAGCUUUCAUCAGUACAGAAAGAAGCAUUUUUCAAUUUAUCUUAUGUUCAUUUUCCGGAGAACCUGGACCCCAAGGAACAUGUAGACCGUCUUGCUCUCGCAAUAUUUGAAACUAACGCAGUAUCUGCUGGCAAAGAUACUGUUGGCAUUUUUCCAACGAUGGCGCGCCUAAAUCACGGUUGUUCCAGCGCGUUUAAUGUUGUCUACAGUUGGAGAAACGAACACGAAGGCCUAUUCGUCCAUGCUUUAAAAGACAUCAAGAAAGGACAGGAACUGUUGACAACUUAUACUGAUACCAAAAGGCCUAGGGAGGAAAGAAGGAAGCUCAUCCCGGAAGACAGAGCCUAUCUUACUCAGCAAUACGGAUUCAAAUGUACCUGUGACGUCUGUGCGCUUCCAGAUGGGUUAUCACAAGCUUCGGACAGAAGAUUGUCCAAAAUAUCUGAGCUCUAUCGCAAGUUUGCGACAUGGGGGAAUAUGGAUAUCGACGGUAUUCAAGCCAUCAACUACGUACGGGAAAUCUGGGAAAUCGAGGAUGAGGAAGGCUACUGGAGUGAGCGUGGACAGUUGGCAGCGGAUGCAGCAUGGGUAGCGGCGUCGCAUUCCGAUGCGAGUGCGGCGCAGGCGUGGGCCCUCAAAGCUGCGGAGUGGUUUACCUACGAGAUUGGGGCGGACACCCCACAAGUGCGAUCGCUGAUCACAGUCGGGGAUCGACCACAAUCGCAUAAUGCUUGGGGCACUAGAGAGAAACUCGAGGUUGGCGGGCCAAAAUACUAA